UUUUAUUGCAUGGUUUUUGUGCAAGAAUAUUUUGUUUUUGUUGGUGGACAAUAACAUUUUUGAAUCGCUUCGGGAAAAAUGGUCAAAAUCGGGCUUCAGAUUAAUGCUCAGUUAGAAAAUAUUGAAGAAUUAAAAACAAAUCAUCCAGAUUAUAGGUUUUUUUUUAAAAUAAAAUGUACCAAUUGUGGUGAGGUAUCUGAUAAAUGGCAUGAUGUGUCGGAAUCUGAACGAGUAGGACAAAGUUCUCGUGUUCCUAAUGGAUUUAAUUUCUAUAUGAAAUGUAAAAUAUGUAGUAGAGAAAUUUCUGUUGAUGUCGUGGAGCACUCGAAUCAAUCAUAUACCCUCGAUGAUUCGGGUAAAUUUAAAACCAUUGUGACCUUUGAUUGUCGUGGAGCAGAACCAGUUGAAUUCUCACCGCAAACUGGUUGGAUUGCUAAAUCAGUUGAAAACGGUCAGGUGUUCGAAGAUAUUGAUUUAUCAGAGGAUGACUGGGCUGAUUAUGAUGAAAAAAAUAAGUCUGCUGUAGGUAUAAGUGAAUUUCAAUUUCAGUUUAUUAAAUUAAAGAAAUAAAAAUUUCUACAUGGCAAAA